UCCUCCUCUUCCUCAGGGUCGUCUGUGACUUUCAAAAACAUGGCUACGUCUGGGGAGGCAGCGUAGUCCAGACGUCUGCAAUAAUCAUCGUUCCAGCUUCAUUAUCACACAUUUUCCGAAGAGCUGUCUCGCACAGGUUUGACCGGACAUGUCGGACAAAGAGGCCGGUAAAGGGAAGGACGGUCCCGGGGAAAAAGGCUACAGGACCCCCGGGCUGAGGGGCGCGCAGACCACUACGCUGUUCCGAGCUGUCAACCCCGAGCUCUUCAUAAAACCCAAUAAACCGGUGAUGGUGUUUGGACUGGUGACCAUCACUCUGUGCGUGGGCUACCUGGGCUACCUGCACGCAAUGAAAGAGAACGACCAGCAGCUCUAUGAGGCCGUGGACGGUGAGGGGGAGCGAUACAUGAGGAGGAAGACUUCCAAAUGGGACUGAUGUGUGCUCCUGUACUGUGAGGACAGAGGCACUUAAAACCUGACUGGACUGAAACACGGGCACCUGUCUGGUGUUCUCUAAAAGGGUGUUUCAGUGUACCUGCUAGGCUGUGCUUCCACAUAUCAGUAAGCUCUCACUGUACGACUGAAAAGCAGAUGUGAUGAUCGUUGUGAUGGAUGCCCCAACUCUAGCUUCUCAGAUGAGAGGAUUCGCUGCUUUCCUCUGUUUAUAUCAUUGUGUUUUGUCCAGACGAAACGAGACGGGAGAAGACAUCGUCUUGAGCUCUGGGAACUUGUGAUGGAACCUUUAGUAUUGUGAGGAAAUGAAAUGACUGAACCAAGACGCUUCUAAAUUAUCAGCUCAACUGUGAAGCAUCCAGGGCUAACACACGGACAUGAUUUCUGCUUCUUUCAGAGUGGUGGUGUUUUUAAACUUGCACAAUGCGAAGUCACAGACUCACUGGGGAGAAAGUCCGAAAUAAAAUAAAAACAGACUUUUGAAAAGUUCUUGCUCACGGGGGAAUGUUGGGUCUCUAUAGUUAUAUUUGCAAGGUGUCCGGUCUAGACCUGCUCUACAUGUAAAGUGCCCCGAGAGAACCUCUGUUGUGAUUCGGCGCAAUAUAGAUAAAAACUGAAUUGAAAUAAAAUGACAUAAAAUCUA